GUACUUUGAUAUAUUUAAUAUUCUAAUAUGAAAAAAUAUAUAAACUCAAUUAAAAAGAAAAUAGACUUCAGUUGCUAUUGAAAUCACAUCAGACAAACAAAUAAACAAUCAUCCAACCAACUCAACAUGUGUUAAUUAAAAAUAUAAAUGAAUAGAAUAAGUGGAUAAAAUACUUAAACAAAACUAUUUUAAUUUUAAAAAAAUAUUUAAAAAAUAGUAAUAAAACAGAAAAAAAUAUUUCUUCAAAAUUAGAAUCUAAUUUGAGUUUACUUAAGUAUCUCAGAGAACAAUUUAAAUAUAAAAAAAAUUAAACAGAAAAAAGAAUUAUGUUGGAUUGAACUUGAUUCUUGCUUCAAAAAUCGCAUUAGAACAGGAGCAAUAAUUAAUUUUAGUAUUAAAGACCCAGUCAUAUUUUUUAAAAAAACUUAUAGAUCUUUUUUGUGCAAAGUUAAAAAAGAAGUUCAGAAAUCAUUAUUAAAAAUAAAUGUCAUCUUUUUAGGAAAUUUUAUUAAACCUCAAACUGGGGAAACUGAAAUUAAACAUUUUUCUACAAAAAAUCGAGCAGUAGAUCACAAUAUAAAUUUAAAAAUUUUUUUAUGAUGAUCAUAUUAAAAAUAAUUUAUUGAAAAAACUGGAAGAGUUUCAAGAACGAGAUUCUGGAUGGGCUCUUAAUCAAAUAUUACAAUUAAAAAUUAAUUUUAAUAACUAUACACCAAUAAAUGUAAGCAAUUCAACAUAUGUAUCGAUACCAAAAUUUAUUCAAAAUACUAAAGGGGUUCUUAAUAUUGAAAAUAAAGAUAAUUAUUGUUUUCUCUGGUCUAUAGUAGCAGCAUUGUAUCCUUGUAGCUCUAAUCAAAAUCCAAGAAGAACGUCUUCUUAUCUUCAUUUUAGUGAGGUUUUUAAAAUGUGAUAAUAUUAAUUUUCCAGUAAAACUAAAGGAUAUAAAAAAAUUUGAAGCAAUGAAUAAUAUUUCUAGUAACGUUUUUACUGUAGAAAAGAAAACAGUUUUACCAGUAUGUUUAAGUACGUUUAAUUAUUUGAUGAAAGUUAAUUUAUUAAUGCUCUCUACAAAUAAAAUAUUUAAUAAUAAUGAUAGUGAUAGUGAUAAUGAUGAAAAUCAUUUUAGUAAUGAUAUUAUCUCCUUUAAACAAAUUUUUCAUUUUGCGUUAAUUAAAAAUCUAUCAAGAUUAUUAAAUCAACAAACUGGUGAUGUAAGUACUUCAAAAUUUUAUUGUGAUCGUUGUCUAAAUCAUUUUUAUUCUCGAGAGGUUUUAACUAAACAUAUGUGGUCAUGUAAAAAUAUUAAUAAAACUAAAAUUACUCUACCAACUUUAAAAGAAAAAUAUAUUAAAUUUGAUCAGUUUAAAAAUAAAGAAAAAUUUCCUUUUGUAAUUUAUGCAGAUAUUGCAAGUUUAUUAGAAAAUAUUAAUGACUCAACUGUGGGUAAUAUACAGAAAUAUCAAAAACAUAUACCAUGUAACAUUGCGUAUUAUCUGUUAUGUAAUUUUGAUAAUUCCAUUUCCAAAUUUAAUAUUUAUACUGGAAAAAAUUGUAUUAGUUGGUUCUGUCAGGAAUUAAAAAAAAAAUAGCUUUACUUUAUAACUACAUCCAAUUUUUAAUAAAAUAGUUCCAAUGAUUCCGUUAACAAUUUCAGAACAAGCAUUAUUUCAUAACUUAACAACUUGUCACAUUUGUUCUAAACCAUUUACUGAAAAUGAUUUAAAAGUUAAAGAUCAUUGCCACUUUACCGGUAAAUGCAGAGGAAGUGCUCAUUCUUUAUGUAACCUUAACUAUGUAGACGAUCAUAUGAUACCUGUUUUAUUUCACAAUCUAUCUGGUUAUGAUAGUUAUUUUAUCAUAAAGAAAUUGUCCACUGAAAUUGGUGGUUUAAUAACACUUUUACCAAUCAAUAAGGAAAAGUAUAUAUCAUUUACAAAAUACAUAGAAAAUACAAACAUUCAAUUUAGGUUUUUAGAUUCGUUUAGAUUCAUGCCAGUUUAGAUAAAUUAAGUUCUUACCUAGAUUCUACAGAAAAAACUAUAACAAGAAGUUUCUGUAAAACUAAUGAGGAAUUUAAUUUAUUAUCUAGAAAAGGUAUAUUUCCAUAUGAUUACCUAAACAGUUGGGAAAUAUUGGAAAACCUUCAAUUACCUUCAAGAGAUAAUUUCUAUAAUAAAUUAAAAAAACGUGGGGUAACACAAGAACAUUAUAAUCAUGCUAUCAAUGUUUGGAAUACGUUUAAAAUUAAAAACUUGCGUGAAUACAUGGAAUUGUAUCUAAAAACUGAUGUUUUAUUAUUGGCUGACGUUUUUGAAAAUUUCAGACAAAUAAGUUAUAAAACAUAUAAUUUAAAUUGUUUAAAGUAUUUCACUGCUCCAGGAUUGGCUUAUUCAGCUUGUUUUUAUAUUUCACAAAUUGAAUUAGAAUUAAUAACAGAUAUAGAUCAAAUAAUGAUGAUUGAAAAGGGGAUAAGGGGUGGAAUUUCACAAUGUAAUAAUCGAUAUGGGAAAGCUAAUAAUAAGUACAUAGAGAAUGAAUAUGAUCCUACAAACUCAACAUCAUAUUUAAUGUAUUUUGAUAUUAAUAAUUUAUAUGGAACUGCAAUGUGGCGAAUCAUUACCUAUAGGUGAAUUUAGAUGGAUUGAAAAUUCUGCAUGUUACUCGGAAAAUAUUAUUAAUACACCAGAUAAUUCAAAUAUAGGAUAUAUUCUUGAAAUAGAUUCAGAAUAUCCAAAAGAAAUUCAUAAUUUACAUAAAGAUUAACAUCUAAGACCACCCACAUCAUCCUCAAAACAACAAAAAUUAUUAACAACUACCAAAUUAUUAACAACUCUAUUUGAUAAAAAAAAAUAUGUUAUUCACUAUAGAAACUUAAAACAGGCUUUAAGUUUAGGAUUACGAGUUACAAAAAUUCAUAAAAUUUUAAAAUUUAAACAAUUUCCAUGGUUAAACAGAUAUAUUGAUUUAAAUACCAACUUACGUCAACAAAGUAAAAAUGGUUUUGAAAAGAACUUCUUUAAGCUAAUGAAUAAUACGUCAACAAAGUAAAAAUGAUUUUGAAAAGAACUUCUUUAAGCUAAUGAAUAAUGGUGUUUUCGGAAACACCGUGGAAAACGUACGAAAAUAUAAAGACAUUAAAUUAGUAACUACUUGGUUAGGAAUACAUGGAGCAAAAAAUUAUAUAUCUAAACCAAAUUUUGACAGUUUGACUAUUUUUGAUGAAAAUAUGGUUAUUAUUGAAAUGAAACGACUUAAUAUAAAAUUUAAUAAACCCAUACAUAUUGGUUUUAGCAUUUUAGACAUUUCUAAAACUAUUUUAUAUGAUUUUCAUUACAAUUAUAUUAAACCAACUUUUAAUACAAAUGCAAAACUCUUGUAUACAGAUACCGAUUCAUUAAUUUUUUCAAGUUGAAGAUAUGUAUAAACACAUUAAAAAUGAUAUUGAUAGAUUUGAUACGUCUGAUUAUCCAUCAGAAAACAUUUAUAAUAUUCCACUGGUAAAUAAAAAGGUAUUAGGAAAAAUGAAAGACGAAUGCUCUGAAAGAAUCUUAAGUGAAUUUGUUGGAUUGAAAUCAAAAAUGUAUGCUUUAAAACUCUUCUAUUCGCAUGCCGAAAAGGAAAAAUUAACAACUGAACAAAAAAAUAAGUUACAAGAUUUAGGUGUCACUAAAAAAGCUAAAGGAAUAACUAAUACUUCUCUAAAAACAAUCACUUUUGAUGAUUAUUAUAACUGUUUAUUUAAUAAAACUGAAAUUCACACUAAUGAACAACUAAUUCGUAGUAAAAAACAUGAAGUAUAUACAAUAAACCAAAAAAAAUUGCCCUUACACCACAUGAUGAUAAAAGAAUUGUUAAUUAUAUAUUUACAGAUACGUUACCAUAGAGAUAUAACCAAUGGUUUUAUCCACUUAUUAUUAUCAUUAUUAUUUUUAAUUACCUUUCAAUUUUGAAGUAACUCAGACAAUGGAACAAGAACAAGUUCCAAUCUUAAAGUAUAACAAAAUUGUUUCACAUGCCUUUGAACCAACCAAAGAUAGUUUAAAAGCAGCAGGGCAUGAUUUGAAAAGCCUGCUAAAUACUAUUGUACCAGCGAAGGGGAAAGCAACAAUUCCAACUGGUAUAAAAUUGGAAUUACCUAAAAUUUGCUAUGGUAGAAUAGCACCAAGGUCUGGUUUGCCUGUAAGCCAUUUUAUUGAUGUGGGAGCAGGAGUUAUUGACGAAGAUUACAGAGGGGAGAUUAAAGUGGUUUUAUUCAACCAUUCAUAUAAAGAUUUUCAUGUUCAAAUUGGAGACAGAAUAGCACAAAUUAUCUGUGAACGAAUAUUCUACCCGCUACUACAGGUAGAAAAAUCCAUUUCGAACACAGAACGUGGUGAAAAAGGAUUUGGUUCUACGGCGAAAUAAAAUUAAUGUGAAAACAAAAAUGCCUUAAUAUAUAAUUUCAUAUCUCUAUCUUUCCCUCUCCCCAUUUUCUUACUAUAUAAGUAAAAAGAUCAUCAGUCUGUUUUUAUUAUUAUUAAUGUAUACAAACAUCAUGGUAAAGACAAAUAUUACCGAAAUUGAAGCAAAAACAAAGAUUACAGAAGAGUACUUAAACAGAAGAACUUUACUUAAGUAUGAAUGUAAAAGAUUAGUUGGCAGUGUGUAAUGAUCCUCAGGAAAUGACAUGUAAUAAUUUAAAAAGACUUGCAGAAAAAUCAAAGGUACCAGAAGCUGUUAAACCAGUCGUCAGAGAAAAAAUGGAUCUACAACAAACACUUAUACGACAAGCAUUUAUACGACGAAACAUAUCUAAUCGAUAAUAUAAAUAUAAAUGUAAAAUUUAAAAUAACAAUAAAACAUAUUUUAGUUCAA